CUCUCUGUCUUCCCUAGGCUGAUACAAGGAAGGUUCCAUUGGAGAAUCAGUCUGUUAAAAGUUCAAGCGAGCCAGUGGAAGCAGUCAUCAGUAUAAGUGAAGAAGCUAAGAAACUGCGAACUAGUCCCAUUGUAAAUAGUGUACAGAAAUCACCCAGCAAAACAGCACACUCUGCUGUGAACAUGAAUCCUCCAUCACCGGCCUCAGAUCCUGUGUCCCUGAAGAACAAAGUCAUAGUGGCUGUGCCACCCAUGUUAACAAAAAACUGCUCCAUGAUAGAUUCUGAUGUCAUGUGCCCUCCACAUUUAGAUGCAAUAUCUAAAGACAAUAAUUCUGGUGCUAUCUCUGAUGAAGAUACCCUGGACAGGCUGAAAAAGACUGCAGAAAACAUUGUUGCUGAUGUUACAAAGGAAGAUGAAGAGCCAAAGAAGAGUGUGGAAACGCAAGUGGAGACCUCAAACCAUGAUGAAUGGUUUUACCGAGAUCCGCAGGGAGAUGAACAAGGGCCAUUUUCCACAGAAGAGAUGUCAGAGUGGUUUUCAGUUGGUUACUUUGCUAUGAAACUCAUGGUUAAAAGAAGCUGUGAUGAUUAUUACCAACCUCUUGGUGAACUGGUAAAAAGAUGUGGGAGGGUGCCUUUUCUUGCUGGGCCUCCUAUCCCACCUUUCAAAACUAAUGUAGUGAAUUCAGUGAGUCCAAACAUUGAGAUGGAUUUAGCAGCAGCACCAGCAGGUCCCCCGGUGACAUUAGCACCUCAACCCAUAGUCAGCCAAUCCCUUUCACCCGUAGUUACCAGUGGUAUAUCGACUGCAGGCAGUCCCAGUCCAACAUCAAUCCAUCCCACUCUGGCAGGUAUGGCGCCACCAGUGCCACAGGUCCCCAAUCAACAGCCUGCACAGCCUCCAGUCUCUGCACAAGAGCAGAUGGCAUUAAUACAUCAGUACAUGUUCCAACAGCAACAGCAACAAAUAUUCCAGCAUCAGUGGUUCAGACACUUCCAAAUGCAAAUGGUGCAACAAUUGCAGCAGCAGCAGCAACAUCCACAUCAGGCUGUUCCACAACCUCCUCCACCACAACUCUCUCAUAUUGACCUCUCCGAUCCAGCUGUUGCCAGUAAGAUGAUGUCAAUUCCAGACCAACAGGUGAUGAUGCAGCUACUGAAAUCUCAACCGAUUAUCUUGUCUGGUCAACAGCCACCACUCUUGGCACAGCAGCCACCCCACCCACCACCAGGAGUUGCUACAUUUAGCGCCCCACAUCCUGAAGCUUCAGUCCCACAGCAAUCAGUAUUCCAUCGCUCUUUCUCGCAGCCUGCUGAUUCCACAGAAAACGAAGAAACAUCAAUAUGGGGCAAUUCUGUCGGUUCAGAUAACUGGUCACAGCCAACAAGUGUUUGGGAUUUGGCCCCUACAGGGCCGCCUGCAGGUUUACCACUUCCAAGUGAGCUUCCUCCAGGAAAAGUUAUCAAUGUACAGGAACAUGAAGAGAUGGAACGGAAGGAGAUAGAAGAGAAAGAGCGAAAGGAAGAGGAACUGCGCAAGUUGGAGGAGCUACGCAGACAGGAAGAACAGCUACGGCGUGAGAAGGAAGAAUUUGAGAGGGAGAAGGAAGAAAUUAGGAGACAGAAAGAAGAGCUUGAAAUGAAGAAAAACCAUGAGUUGCAAUUGUUAUUAUUAUUAUUAUUAUUAUUAUUGUUAUUAUUAUUAUUAUUAUUAUUUUGUUUCUUGCAGCAAGAAGAGGUGGAACGUAGGAAGCAACAGAAGAGGCAACAGGAACUAGAGGAGCAGCGCAAGCAGGAGGAGCAGCGCAAGCAGGAAGAGCAACGCAAACAGGAGGAACAGCGCAAGCAGGAGGAGCAGCGCAAGCAGGAAGAGCAACGCAAACAGCAGCAGGAAGAGCAACGCAAGCAGGAGGCUCAGAAGCAGAAGGAUAUUCUCAAACAACAGCAGCACCAGGAACAGCUGCGCAAGCAGAAAGAACAGAAGGAACAGGAAGAACUGAAGAAGCAGCAGCAACUUGAGCAGCAGCGAAAACAAGAGCAGGAGCAGCGGCUGCAGCAACAGCAGCAGCAACAACACGAGGCAUUACGCAAGGUGAAGCAGCAACAGAAGGAACAGCUGGCCAAAAUACAACUCCCUGCUGGUGCCAACUGGGCUAAAAAUAAUUCCUCUGCUACUAACCUAUCUCAAAGUCAAACCAUUUCCCUUGCUGAAAUUCAACAACAAGAAGAAAUUGAACGGAAAAAAGAAAACCAACGAAAAUCUGAAGCUAAACAAUUGCAACAACAGCAACAACAGCAGCAGCAGCAGCAGCAGCAACAGCAGGCUGUGGCAGCACACACACAGCAAACAAAAAUCUGGGCCAAUAACAAGUUCGUUUCUCAUUUCUCUUUGAAUUACUUUCCCAUUGUCAAACUCUACAUUCCUUUUGUCUCUCUCUUACUGCUUCUACAAUCUUUCUUUUCACAUCUAGAUUCCUUUCUUUUAAAUUGUCCUGUUAUUUGUUAUUAGAGAAUGUAUUUAUGA